CAGCAUUGAACACGUUUGAAGAAUUACAGUUUGAACCAUGUUCCGUCUAGUCUGGAUAAUAAUUUUCAUUUUUGGGAAUUCUGCCAUCUGUCAAAUUCGCCAGAUGGAUAAUAACAAUAUUGUGGAAACUCAGAAUUCAAUGCUUCAAGGAAGAUUUUUCCCGCUAUUUAGUGUUAUCCGUUUUGCAAAUUCACAAUGUCUGGCUAGCAACAAUUUAAAUGGCACUUGUUUUACCAGAAGAGAAUGUCGUGAGUAUGGUGGAACACCGUCUGGUACUUGUGCAAAUACACAUGGUGUUUGUUGCGUUUUUCAAAAGACAUGUGGUUCCACUACAAACAUAAACAAUACAUAUUUUACAAAUCCAGAGUACCCAACAACUUACGAAGGGGAUGGAAGAUGUACAAUAACAGUGCAACGUUGUAAUUCAAAUAUAUGUCAAUUGCGUUUGGACUUUUUAGAAUUCAGUCUUGCUUCGCCAAAUGCUAGUGGGAUUUGUGACUAUGAUCUUCUUUUGGUUUCUGGAUCUGGUACUUUAGUACCUCGAAUUUGUGGGGAAAAUGCAAACCAACAUGUUUACAUUGAUUUUAAUGGUGACACACCAAUUAUGAUUUCAAUUGAUACUAAUUCUGAGUAUACUAUGGAUCGUCGAUGGAAUGUAAGAAUUGAGCAAUUACCUUGUGAUUCUACAUAUAAAGCUCCAAAUGGGUGCUUACAGUAUUAUGAUACUGUUUCAGGCACAGUAACUAGUUUUAACUAUGGCACAACACAAAAUCCGAGAGCCCCAGAACUUGGUACAAGACAAAUUGCAAAUACAAAUUACGGUGUAUGUGUAAGAAUGGCUCAAGGAUAUUGUGCCAUUGAAUGGUCUCAAACGAAUUCAAAUUCAUUUUCUGUUUCUGGAGAUACAGGUUCUUUUGACCCUACUAUUAUAGGUACUGAAUAUGCAGCAGAAUCAGGAACAAAUUGUACUAAAGAUUUUGUUAUCGUUCCGCAUCCAUAUGAAAAAGGUGUACCAGUCGGUGUAGAACGAUUUUGCGGUAAUGGUUUUGUGACAAAGACUUCAUAUUCUAAACCAUUUGUAUUGUAUGUUGUUACAAAUGAAGAUGAAAUGGGCGAAAUUGAAAAUAAAGGAUUUUCACUGACGUAUCGUCAGGUACCUUGUGCGGCUUAAACAAAAAAGAUAUUUCUAUUCUGUGCCUCAGUACUUAGUCUAUAUAAAUCAAUUGUAACUAUCGCAAUAAAUAUAAAUAAAAAUUAAGUUUAUAAUAA